GGGUCCGGGAGGCCUCGGCCCAGCCUGAGCGGUGGGCGGGACGAGUCUGUCUGGCGCGCCGCCUCUCCGAGGUUCAGAUCCGCUCCGCCCGCCGAGCCCUCGACGUUGGCCGCCCGUGCGCGCGGGUCUCGGGCCGGCAGGCAGAGUCACGAUGGACGCCCACCCGCGUGGAGUCCGCGUCUCGGGGUCUUCGCAGCUGCCAGCGCCGCCCUUGCUGCUGCUCUUGCUGGUCCUCCCAGUGGCCAGCGCCUCGGAGGCAGAGCACCGUCUGUUUGAGCAGCUCUUUGAAGAUUACAACGAGAUCAUCCGGCCUGUGCUCAAUGUGUCAGAUCCUGUCAUUAUCCAGUUUGAGGUGUCUAUGUCUCAGCUGGUGAAAGUGGAUGAAGUAAACCAGAUUAUGGAGACCAACCUGUGGCUUAAGCAAAUCUGGAAUGACUACAAGCUGAAGUGGAAUCCUUCCGACUAUGAUGGAGCAGAGUUCAUGCGCGUCCCUGCACAGAAGAUCUGGAAGCCAGACAUUGUGCUGUAUAACAAUGCUGUUGGGGAUUUCCAGGUGGACGACAAAACCAAAGCUUUACUCAAAUACACAGGGGAGGUCACUUGGAUACCUCCAGCCAUCUUUAAGAGCUCAUGCAAAAUCGAUGUGACCUACUUUCCAUUUGAUUACCAAAACUGCACCAUGAAGUUUGGUUCCUGGUCCUAUGACAAGGCAAAAAUCGACCUGGUCCUGAUUGGCUCCUCCAUGAACCUCAAGGACUACUGGGAGAGCGGUGAGUGGGCCAUCAUCAAAGCCCCAGGCUACAAACAUGACAUCAAAUACAACUGCUGUGAGGAGAUCUACCCGGACAUCACAUACUCACUGUACAUCCGCCGCCUGCCCUUGUUCUAUACAAUCAACCUCAUCAUUCCCUGCCUGCUCAUUUCCUUCCUGACUGUCCUUGUCUUCUACUUGCCCUCUAACUGUGGCGAGAAGGUGACCCUUUGCAUUUCAGUCCUCCUCUCCUUGACUGUGUUUCUCUUGGUGAUCACUGAGACAAUCCCAUCCACCUCACUGGUGAUUCCCCUGAUUGGUGAGUACCUCUUGUUCACCAUGAUUUUUGUAACCUUGUCCAUUGUCAUCACUGUCUUUGUACUUAAUGUGCACUACAGAACCCCGACCACCCACACAAUGCCUACGUGGGUGAAGACCAUAUUCUUGAAUUUACUUCCUAGAGUCAUGUUCAUGACCAGGCCAGCAAACAAUGAGGGCAACACUCAGAAGCCAAGAUCCGUCUACAGUGCUGAGCUCUCUAAUCUGAAUUGCUUCAGCCGCACAGAGUCCAAAGGUUGCAAGGAAGGCUAUCCCUGCCAGGAUGGGAUGUGUGGCUACUGUCUCCACCGCAGGACAAAAAUCUCAAAUUUUAGUGCCAACCUCACCAGAAGCUCUAGUUCUGAAUCUGUCAAUGCUGUGCUGUCCCUCUCAGCUUUGUCACCAGAAAUCAAAGAAGCUCUCCACAGUGUCAAGUAUAUUGCAGAAAAUAUGAAAGCACAAAAUGAAGCCAAAGAGAUUCAAGAUGACUGGAAGUAUGUUGCCAUGGUGAUCGAUCGUAUUUUUCUGUGGGUUUUCAUUCUGGUGUGCAUUUUAGGGACAGCAGGAUUAUUUCUGCAACCCUUGAUGGCAAGAGAUGAUGCCUAAGCACUAAAAUGUGUGUUUGAGGCUUGGUUUUGUGUGGGGGGGAGGGGUACUUUUUUUUAUUGUGGUAAAGUACACUUAAAACUUACCAUCUUAACCAUUUUUAAGUGUACAGUUUAGUGGUAUUAAAUAUUCAGUUGUACAACCAUCACCACCAUCCAUUUCCAUAACUCUUUUGAUCUUAUAAAACUGAAACUGUGAUACUCUAUUACAUAAUAAACAAUAGCUCCCUAUUCUGUCCUUUCCCCAGUCCAAUAAUCACCAUUUCCUGUCUGUAUUUUUUUUUUUACUUUAAGCAUCUCAUGAGUGGUAUCAUACUGAAUUUUUUUGUCACUGGUUUAUUUCACCUAGCAUAAUGUCCUGAAGUUUCAUCCAUGUAGCAUAUGACAUAAUUUUCUUCCUUUUUAAGGCUGAAUAUUCCAUUGUAUGUAUAUACCAUAUUUUGUUUAUCCAUUCAUCCGUCAGUGGACACUGGGCUGCUCCAUAUUAGCUAUUGUAGUUAAUGCUGCUAUGAACAUGGAGGUACCAAUCUCUCUUUGAGACCCUGCUUUCAAUUUCUUUGGGUAUAUACCCCAAAGUGGAAUUGUUGGACCAUAUGGUAAUUCUUACAAGUUUUUGAGGAACUGCCUUACUAUUUUCCACCAUGACUGUGCCAUUUUACUCCCACAAGGGUUCCAGUUCUCCACAUCCUCAACACUUGUUUACUGUUUUUUUUAAUAGUAGCCAUUCUAAUAGGUAUUAAGUGGUAUCUCAUUUUGAUUUGCAUUUCUGUAAUGAUUAGUGAUGUUGUGGUUCUUUUCAUGUGAUUAUUUACCAUUCAUAUCUUCUUAGAGAAAUGUCUAUUCAAGUCCUUUGCUCCAUUUUUGGUAUUUUUUUCAUUGCUGAGGGAUUAAUCAAAACUCCUGAAAUUUACUAGAUAUAUGAUUUUCAAAAUAGUUUCUUCCAUUCCAUGGGUUGCCUUUUUGCUGUUGGUAGUAUCUUUUGAUGCACAAAAUUUUUAUGAAGUCCAAUUUUUCUCUUUUGCUGUUGUUGCUUGUGUCUUUUGCAUCAAAUCAUUGCCAAACCCAGUAUCAUAAGCAUUUGUUCUGUUUUCUCCUAAGAAUUUUAUUGUUUUAGGUCUUAUGUUUAUUUAGGCUCUUUCUUAAUAGUAACAUACUUUCUAUCAAGCUACUGUAUUUGGUAUUUCAAGGUUUACUUAUUAUCCAGUUGUCUGUCAGAAAUUUUUAAAACAUUGAUUUUUGUCAAAAAAGAUGGAUGCAAUAAAAAUGUCAAAGUAUUUAUUAUGGAUAAAUGAACAUUUAGCCAGCCUUUUUGUUAAGGUGAAAACAUGUCAAAAUAUAAUUCUUCUACAGUGAUAAGUAGUGUGCUAUGUUAUGAAACACGUAAAAAUGGGCUAAAUUUGAAAACUAUAACC